CGCGAUAGACGCGCAGGCAAAAGCAAAACCAAAGAAAAGGAAACACAAAAACAAGAAGAAAGAAAUUGAUAAUUAAUAAUAAUAAUACAAAUAAUUAUUAAUACUAUCUGUAUUGAGAGUAAAUAUAUUAAUUGGAAGCGUGUCGGGCGAGCUAUUGUGCGAGAAAAUUUCAUUGAAAGAAAUACACUUUUUUUUGUCCGAUUUCAAUUUAGAAAUUAAAAAAAAAAAAAAACAAAAGAAACGAAACUUUUUUUUUGGCUAUUGUGCAGCAGAGUGUUUUUGUUGUUGUUGUUGUGUUUUUUGAUAUUUCGUGUUAAUUGUGUCCGACGUCUCAAAAUGAUUUGUCCGAAACGCACCUCCGAGCUGCUCGAUCUCCAUCUAGCCCCAUUCAAGGAUAAGGAUCCCGCCUGGGAAAUUGGAGUCUCAAAGAUAGCGGGACGGGGCGUUAUGGCCACCCGUGCUUUGAAACGCGGUGAGAUUAUCUUCACGGACAGUCCCCUGCUGAUUGGAUUGGCCGCCCUCGAGGAGGACUCCCUGAACGCCUGCUCUGUGUGCUUCAAGGCUCUGCCCGAUACGCGAUUCAUGUGCCGGCAGGGAUGCGGCCUGCCAGUUUGCAAUUUGUGUGGCAAGAAGAAGCAGCAUAAGACGGACUGUGAUUUGUUCAAGUCGUGGGCCCCCAACGAACCGGAUGUGGCCAACUCUGUGAUCAUACGACUGUUGUGCGUGGCCCGAGCCAUCAAUCUGACCAAGGAUCAGCGCGAUCUCAUCUACUGUUUGCAGGCCAAUCUGGACAACAAUCAUCGGACCGAGGUGCGGAAUGCGGCCAAAUGCUUCAAGAGCUUCCCCACCGACAAGAAGGUGAUCGAGAUCAUGAAUCGAACUGUCGCCGUCCUGCGCACCGAUGGCUUCGAUAAGACCACCGAUCGCACCAACGACAAUCAGGAGUUCUUCUACCGUGCUCUCUUCCCGCUGUUCGCCGUCAUGAAUCACGACUGCAUUCCCAACUCGUACUACACCUUCGAUGAGAAGACCAACAACAUGAUUGUCCGUGCCGCCGUAGAUAUUGCCGAGGGGGCCGAAAUCACCACCACCUACACCAAACUCUUCACCGGCAACAUUGCCCGACACUUGUUUCUCAAAAUGAAGAAGGGCUUCUCAUGCAAAUGUCCACGCUGUUCCGAUCCGACGGAGCGUAAUGCGUUCAUCUCGGCUCUCUAUUGUCGCGAUACAAACUGCAGUGGUCUGGUAGUGCCAGAGAUUACCGGUCUGCCCCAUCCCAAUUGGAACUGCCUGGCCUGCAAGCAGAAGUCUACGCAUGCGCAGAUGAUGAAGUCGCAGGACUUUGCGAGCGGCGCCAUUAAUGCCAAAGUCAACUCAAACUCUUUGCGCACACUGGUCCAGUAUUUGAAUGAGAAGAGCGACAGCUUUAUACCGAACAGCAAUUACGUGAUCAUUGAUGCCAAAAUGGCGGUUCUCAAUCGCCUUAACCAGGGUCGCGAGGACUGCAGUCUCGAUCUGGCCAAUGAGACGCGUGUGCGGUACAGUCGCGACAUCAUGGAGAUUAUGGAUAAGCUGGGUCUGGGCGACUCUAUAUUGCGCAGCCAGUUGGAGACAAAGCUGCGUCAGGCCGAGGAGAAACAGGCCAAGAAGCUGCAGGCCGAGGCCGAAAAACAGGCCAAAAAGCUGGCCGCCGAACAGCAGAAGAAGCAGCAGGCAAAUGGCCAAGCGGAAGCAGGAGAGGCGGCAUCAGAGGCAGCAUCAGAGGCGACACCAGCGACCUCCGAGCCAUCAGGGGGACCAGCACCUACGCCGCCUGCAGCCUCAGCCGCUGCAGCAACGGAACAGGCUUAGGUCUAUAAUAGAUGAUCAAUCUAAUAUGUUCUGAUUUAGUCAAAUUGUGUUAGCAGCCAGCUUACAACUUGGAUAGCAACUGGAAUUUUGUUUGUAACUAUCAAAAUAUUUUGAGAUAAUAUUUGAGAAUAGUCAGUUAUAAAAGAAUCUUUAUCGCCAAUAUACACAAGACAUGAGACCCAAUUUUCAGUUCUGAGCCCAAUAAUAUGUGAUUGUAAAAACCAUUAGAAGUUUUAAUAAAAACCAAAAAACAAA